UAGCGCGAUUGGCUAGUUCUUUUAACUGAUUACGCAUUUGUCCACUAGUUGACCUGUUUUGACUAUAUCAACCAAUUAGAUGUGAGUUUGUUUUGGAUGUGUGCUGUUAUUGGUCCCUUCCCAAUUUCUUUAUUUGUUGAUUGGUUGGCCCUAUCCAAUCAGAAAUUACAGCUCUUUCACGUGAGUGGCACAGCUGUAGUCCAAUGAAAGGGUCGUGGGCAUGUUUGUGAAUGGUCCAGUGUCCGUUUGUGGGCGGGGUAUAGUGAAAAUGGCGGCUGUUCGGUGAAGGAACUAACUUUAUUACCAUGCUAGGACUAAAGCCAGUAAUAGUGCCAGCUUGUUGUUGGUUUUUUUUUUUUUUAAUGUUGAUAACCGUUUCGGAGUCAUGUCGACUUUGUGUCUGUAGGGUAGUGACAGGGCAGCUACAUAAGCUAGAGACGAGUGCGGAUGUUAAAAAGCAGAUAAAGAAGCUCGAACAUUAAACGGUCCUGUUGGAUUUUCUAAAAGCCAGCGAGUCCGGCUCUGUAUCCGACUAAGCUGUAAGAAGUGAAUUAGGCAGAGAGCCCUGCCAGGACAGGCCACGCCACAGAGACGGCUCCUGUGGGACCAUCACUCCCCAUUGGUUUCUGUAGGGAGCAUUGGCACUCAGGACCCGCGUUUGGUUCCAUGAAUGAAAAUGGAUGAUUCCAAACCGCGCUACAGCAAAAGACUGCGUGCUCGUAAUCAGCAGCGUUACCAUGAUGAUGGCAUCUCGGAUGAGGAGAUUGAUGGGAGGAGGAUGUUUGACCUGGAGGAGAAGGUUAACAGUGAGAGGUUCAGCUCUGACAGAGUGCUUCGCAUGGAUGGAAAAGACUUUACAUAUGCAUUCAUUCAGAGAGGUGGUCUGAGGGACCCCAUCAUUUUUGAGAAGCCUGAUGGACUGGGAAUCAAGAUGCCAGAUCCUGACUUCAGUGUCAAUGAUGUCAAGAUGUUUGUCGGUAGCAGACGCAUGAUAGAUGUGAUGGACGUGAGCACUCAGAAGGGGACCGAGAUGUCCAUGGCCCAGUGGACACGUUACUAUGAGACCCCCCCGUGUCAGAGAGAGAAGCUCUAUAAUGUUAUCAGCCUGGAGUUCAGCCACACCAAACUGGAGAACUGGGUCAAGAGACCUGCCACAGUUGAUCUGAUCGACUGGGUGGACAACAUGUGGCCUCGGCAUCUGAAAGAGAGACAGAGAGACUCGACUAACUCUAUCAAUGACAUGCAGUACCCCAAAGUACAGAAAUACUGUCUGAUGAGUGUUGAGGGCUGCUACACAGACUUCCACAUCGACUUUGGUGGGACUUCAGUAUGGUACCACAUACUGAGAGGGAGCAAGGUGUUUUGGCUGAUUCCUCCGACUCCUCAGAACCUGGAGCUCUAUGAGAACUGGGUACUGUCAGGGAAACAAGGAGAUGUGUUCUUGGGAGACCGAGCAUCUGACUGUCAGAGGAUUGAACUGAAGCAGGGCUGCACCUUCAUCAUACCCUCAGGUUGGAUCCAUGCCGUUUACACCCCGGUGGACUCGAUGGUCUUUGGAGGAAACUUCUUGCACAGCUUUAACAUCCCCAUGCAGCUCAACAUCUGUAGUAUAGAGGACAGAACGCGGGUUCCAGCAAAGUUUCGUUACCCCUUCUACUAUGAGAUGUGCUGGUACGUGCUGGAACGCUACGUCUUCAGCCUGACGAAGACCUCCUACCUCACCCCAGAGUUUCAGAAACACUCCCUGGGCAUUGGUCUGAAGAAUCCGUGUGGCUCAGAUCCAGUCAGUGAGCAGCUGAAGACUGAGGGGGAGGGUGUUGGCAGUGAGGAAGACUCUGAGAAACUUCCACUUAAGGUCCACCUGACCCCCCUUGAACUGGAGGGACUCUGGAACCUGCUGGGUAAACUGGAAGCUCUACCCUCUAACAAGAAGUGUGUCCCAGCAGGGAUACACAAUGCCCCAGCGCUCAUUACACACAUCAAGGCACUACUGAAGGAGCACGCUAAUGACAAUCCCAGCAUGUCAUACACAGGACGGCCCAUCGUCAGGUGGCCAAAGAGGCCGUCAUGGUACCAACCUCCUCCCCCUCCCCCACCACCACCUCGCCCUAAACUGUCCUCCACUCCCAUCACUCCACGACCUCAAAAACCAGCGUCUUCCAUGUCCGUGUUGAGACGACGCAGGGUUAGGUGUAAACGCUGUGAAGCCUGCAUGAGACCUGAGUGUGGAGACUGCAACUUCUGCAGAGACAUGAAGAAGUUUGGAGGCCCAGGGAAGUUAAAGCAGACCUGUGUUCUACGACAGUGUCUCUCUCCGGGCCUGCCUCUGUCUGCGGUGUGUGAGAUCUGCAAAGAGCCCAAUCAGGAGGAAACCGGAGACCCCUCCCUCACUCUGAUGGAAUGCUCCAAUUGUGCCCAGAUCGUCCACCCUGCCUGCCUCACGGUUCAGGGGGAAGGAGUGGUGAAUAAAGACCUGCCAAGCUGCUGGGAGUGCCCGAAGUGUGUGCAGGGCAUCACUGAUCCAGAGUCAUCAGGCAGUGAUGAAUCGCUGGCUGCUGGCCACCAACAGCGUAUCCGUCCCCACGGCCCCCUGGUCCUCAGGCUGGGUCCGGGGCCCUCUCCUAGCAUAGGGGGUCCUGUGGGCCCCCAUCAGGACGGGGAGGUUGUCCGCUGUGGUUUCUUCCCUGCUCCUUCUCUUCCUUCCUGCUCUUCCUCCUCCUCAGCGUCACUUCUCUUGGUGGCGGCCCCUCUGCCUUCUCAGCCAAUCAGCUCGAGACUGCAGUCUAAAGGUGACCGAGGUGACAGCCUUCCACUGAAAAGGAAGUCCUCCUCUCUGCUUGACGCUCGUAUGGCUAAGAUCUACAGACGCCAGCGCCACAGCCGCGAUGGAGAAGACUCUGUCAGUGACGAUGACGAUGAAGCCUCUCAGAGAAGCAAGAUGGCACUUCACGCUCGGGGUGGGACUCACUCUUCCAAGAGGGCCUUUGGCGCUAACAGGAGAGGCCUGCUGAGAGGAGGCUUGGCCCACAGAGGCAGCAGAGCAGGGCUGAGUCCGGGAUCGUCUUCUGUCCUCAAGCUUAAGCGAGGUGUUGGCAUGAGGGACGCUGGACGCCGAGGACGAGGGGUCAGGUUGCGUGGAGGCUCAAGAAUGCAACGAAGAGGAGACGAGUCUGACGAAUCUGACGAGGACGACGAUGAUGACGAGGACGAUGACGAGGACGACGAGGAUGACGACGAUGAAGAGGAUGAGGAAGAGGAGGACAGCGAGGAUGGAGAUAAAGAACAGCAUCGUCGACACAGGAGACGGCGCAGGACUGACGAUGAUGAGGAUGAAGACAUAGACAGUGAGGGGCAGUUUGACCCUGAAGAGGAGGAGAUGGACACUCUGGAGGAUGAUGAGGAAGAAGAGGUGGAGGAGGAAGGACGCUGGGAUUCGGACCCAGAACCUCCGGUCCUGCUGGUGUCUGAUCUGAGUGAUGACCUGCUGAGUGGCUCCUACCUGACGGUGACUCUACAGCGCCCCAACAAGGCCAAGAGACAGUGUGGCUCCAUAGUUCCAAAGCUGGAAGCAGCCAUGGGCCCGAGGGCUGCUGCAGGGCCUCAGGGCUUUAUUCAGAGAAAGGGCGCUCUGUCCAAACCUGCACGGCUCCGGUGCACAGACUCCAUGGCUGACAGCAUAACCCCACGAGGACCCGGCAGGCCUCGCCUGCGUGGUAGCCGUGGUGAGAGAGGCGCUCGAACUCGCUCUGUGUCUUCUUCAGAGGAAGAGGAAGCUGCUCCUCACCCUGCGUCCUCCACCCUGUCUUCCCCAGCGUUGCCAUCUCUGCUCUCCUUUAAGGAUGUGGGCAAUGAGAGAGGCGGGGAGAAGGAGGUUUGGGUGUCUGUGUUCAGAUACUUGAACAGAGCUGAGCUGCUGGCAUGCAUGACUGUCUGUAAGGCCUGGUACAAGUGGAGUUGUGACAAACGUCUGUGGAGCCACUUGGAUGUGAGUCGGUGCAGCCCGCUCAGCAACCAGGCCCUCGCAGGCAUUAUCAAACGACAGCCCACCUCUCUGGACCUUUCCUGGACGCCCAUGGCCAAGAGACAGCUGAACUGCCUGCUAACGAGACUCCCAGGCCUGAGAGAGCUGAGUGUGACAGGUCUGCCCUGGUCCUGUCUGUCGGCGAUGGUUUCUCCCACUCUGCCCCAUCUACGGCUGCUAGACCUGCGCUGGUGCGACGGCGUCAAAGACGCCCAGAUUAAAGAGAUCAUCACGCUGCCUGGUUUGGAGUCGUCCCGCAGCAGACUGAGGAACAUGGUGACGCUCCGCCUGUCCGGUCUGGAGAUCACGGAGUCCACUCUGAGGCUCCUGCAGCGCCACAUGCCACAGCUGGAGAGGCUGGACCUGGCUCACUGCAAGGAUUUAACAGACUCCUCCGUCGCCCUGUUGGCAGCAGCUGGGACUCACACACGCAAUAACCUCACCGAGCUCACGCUGGCAGGCUGCAAUGAGCUGACCGAUGGCUGCCUGUCCUAUCUGAAGCGUCUCUCCUCUCUGACCCUGCUCGACCUCAGAGGCUGUAAAGGCGUCAGCAGACGAGCCUGUGACGCCUUCAUCUCCGACCUGUCCCACGUGGCUGUCUACUGUAUGAUGGAGGAGAAACUCAUCCAGCGCCUGGAUUAACAUGAGCACACACUAAACACGAACAUUUUAUUUAUGAUCACACAAGCUGCCAACGUUGGACUGAAGCAUUAAAGCUGCCAAAAGGCUUACUUUAAGUCCCCAUGUCAUCUGAUGUCAGUUAAAUCAUUUCUGUUAGUCUCUGGUCUACAAGAAACACUCGUACGCUUGAAAAUUGUUAUCUGCAAAUGCUGCCAAAAUGUUACCAGGAGAUCAGAUUGUUCCCUGAAUCUCGAGUUACUGCCUGAAUACGAAGCUCUGUUACAGUUGUAUUUCCUUUAUGUCUAAAAUGUUCACCUAACCUAGAACCACAGAUCUUAUUUCUUAUGAAACAUUUGCACUGUUUUGUUUUUUUUAGGGGACUUGGGAAGGAAAAGUCUUGGUGGUCAGUGUUUUGCUCUUCUGCGUCUUAACACUUAUUCCCUGUGUACAUAUGUUGUUUGUUUCAUAUAUGAUAGUGUAGCAUAUAAAAGAGUCCAAGUUUCUGUGUCCAUUUGUUAAGCACUGUGUUUACAGAUGUGCCAAAACAUCCUGUGUAUCUGAUGAACUGUGUCCCACAUAUGGAAACGUUGUAUCAUGCAGCUGCAGCGUGGCCACCAGCACAUACGCACUUGACACUCCUUCAUAUCUGGUUAGUUGGGCUGUUGUCUGAGUUUGCAGUGUGUCAAGACUAAUGCAGGUUCAAAAUUAUAAGGGUGAGGUGUUCUGAUAACAGACUUUCCAAGAACCGUCUGUCAGUCUUCAUCCUCCUAUCCAGUGGUAGAAGUCCAGACCUCCAUCUUAUCCAGGUGAACACCAAUGAGUUCCCAGGCCAGCUGAGAACUCUCUCCAGCAUGUUCUCGGUCUACCACAGGGUCUCCCCGAGUAGGACACGCCUGGCAACAGGUUAGGCUUCAGAGGGUUAAAGAUGGGAACCGUCCCAGUCUGCUAAUACAGAGAGCUUCAGCCCAUCCAGGGCCCAGACACUCAUGUCGGCACCAACUUAUUUAAUGUCUUCUCUUAUAUAGUGCUUUUCUACUCUGCUUCAUGCAACAUGCCUCAGUCACACGUGCACUAUUACUACCCUCACCUGCUUUCUAUCAAACAUUCAUAGAGCAACCUGGAGUUUGUAUCGUGCAGCCUGGAGCAGCUGGUGAUUGAACCACCAACCUUCUGGUUAGUACCUGCCAUUAGCCAUCACAUGUCAAGUCUGUAACACCCACUCCCCUGCACCGCUUUCCCCUCCUGAAUCAGCUGACAGUCUGCCAGACUCCCUUGAUAACAAAGAGCGCUAAAUGAAUGUUUGGUUACCUGUAAAGCGCUUUGAGUGGUCAGUGAACACAGAAAAGCACUUUAUUGACACCACUAAGAAAAGGUACAAAGAGAUUAUGAAAAGUGACACUUUUCAUAUAAAACUAAUGUAAAGUAGCUUUACCAUGAAUGCACACAUCCACUGUAUGAGCCAGAGCUGCUCCCUCAGACCAGACGGAGGUACAUGAACACACCGAUGCUGACAGCAUCACUGUUUGCUUGUCAGAACACAGCAGAGUUCUUCACAAACACACACGUUCCAAUUUCAACUUUUAUUACAAACCAAAAACUCAGUUACAUCUCGUUUCAGCGGUCAGAACACAGUCACUGCUGGAUGUGUGCGUCUCUAAUAGCUCUUAGUGGUCUCGUAGGUCUCUGGGAAAGGUAUGCUGACGUGUCCA